CACACAGCGUAGUGGGAGCUGGAGCGGCACGUCACCGUAAAGCGCGUACACCCACACACAAACACACCCCCACUCUCAGACCUCACACCAUGUCUGAGCGCGGCGCAUUCCGGGGGCGAGGAGGCGGACGAGGCGGCGACCGAGGAGGGAGGGGCGGAGGUCGAGGCGGCGCACAGGGCGGAGCUGCAGCGGGACAGACAGAGCGGCCCAAGAAGGAGAACAUCCUCGACUUGAGCAAGUACAUGGACAAGCAGAUUACCGUCAAGUUCAGCGGUGGACGCGAGGUCAUUGGGACACUCAAGGGCUAUGACCAGCUCAUGAACCUUGUCUUGGAUGAGGUCAAGGAGGCUAUGACGGAUGACGAGGGUAACGUCAGAUACCGCAAGCUUGGCCUUAUAGUCGCACGCGGUACCCUUCUCGUUGUAAUAUCUCCCAUCGACGGCAGCGAAGAGAUUGCGAACCCCUUCAUAGCAGAGGAGGAAUGAACUGUCAAUUCGGGUUUGGAUGGGGCCGACAAUGGG